AUGUCGACGUCCUCUGCGGCUCCCGAGUCGUGGAUCUCGAGCUUUUGCUCGCUGAUAGGGCAUGAGUAUUUCGCUGAGGUGUCGGAGGAGUUCAUCGAAGAUGACUUCAACCUCACUGGCCUGCAAACCCAGGUGGCCAUGUAUAAGGAGGCUCUCGAGAUGAUUCUCGAUGUUGAGCCCGAAGAUGACGAGGAUGAGGAUGAGGAAGAAGAAGAGGAAGACGACGAGACGUUCCUCGGAGAAGCCGGCGAGCGUGUCGGGGGACGAGAGAGGCGGCAACAUAGCAGGAUGGCGAGCGACCUGUCCGUCAUAGAAUCGUCGGCCGAGAUGCUGUACGGCCUGAUCCACCAACGCUUCAUCUGCUCGCGGGCGGGGAUCCAACAGAUGAGCGAAAAGUACGAGCUGGGCCACUUUGGCACCUGCCCCCGGACUAACUGCGAGCAGGCCCGCACUUUACCCGUGGGCCUGUCCGACAUCCCGGGAGAGGAUACGGUUAAGCUUUUCUGCCCCUCGUGCCUGGACGUCUACGUACCGCCCAACAGCCGCUUCCAGACAGUCGACGGCGCCUUCUUCGGCCGAACCUUUGGCGCCCUCUUCCUCCUCACCUUCCCUGACUACGACCUGACCAAGCGUGGAACCGAGGUGCUCCAGCAUGUCGCCUCGCGCAUCCACGGCGAAGCCACUGUCCUCAACGGCUUCUACGCAAAGAACAUUGCCCCCGGCCUCGGCCCGGGCCGCAUAUACGAGCCCAAGGUCUACGGAUUCCGCGUCUCGGAGCGCGCUCGCUCUGGCCCCCGCAUGCAGUGGCUCCGCGACCGCCCGGAUAACAUCUCGGAGCUAGACGAGGCUCGGCUGUACGCCGAGCAGGGUCUCGAGACCGAGGAUGAGGGCGACACCGCCAACACCAACGGCAGCAGGGCCGGGGUCUCAGCGUCCUCGACACGCCGACGAGUCAGGGGGGACGCCCGCCUCCGUCAACGUCAACGGCACAAUGGCAGCCCAAUGGCCUUGUCCGCCAACGGCGCCGAGUCGGAGCUGUAG